AUGCCCGCCCCGGUGCGCUCGCUACCGCCAACGAAGAAAAGGAAACUAGACCCUUCAUCAUCAUCUACCUCGACUGUUUCUCAAAUCAAAUCGCUCGAAGAGUCUCUGGCUGAGGCGAUCAAGAGCCAAACCUCGCUGAAUGCCCUCGCGGACCUUAUCCAACUGGUUCUUUCGUCCUCCGAUGCACAAGACGUCUCAAAGGGAAUCUAUGCCUUGUAUAGGACGUUUGUGAUUAUAGUUUCCACUGGGAAGCUUGGGCUAGUGGGAGGCGAUGAAGCCGCGAAGAAGGUCAAGGCCUGGUUAUGGGAGCGUCUAAAUGAAUACACCGACUAUCUCGUCGGGCUGUUGAAGGACGAAGAGAAACAUCUACGGACAUCGUCUAUCCAAAUCCUUUUCUCACUUCAAAAACACCUAUCGAGUUCACUCUCGACUACCUCGUCGGGCGAUUCAAAACCACAACCACAGUUCCACGUAUCCCACUUCAAAAAGAUCACUAAUGGUCUGCUUACCUGCCCUCCCUCUUCACGGUCAACGUCGAACGCCAGCUCCAACGACGGCGAUGCAACCCUCAUUGACCCAGACGUCCUCCACCUCUUUUACGAAACCUGGCUCAGCGUCUACGACGAUGUUCGGUGGUUCUUCCUGCGCGAAGCUGCCACAAUCCUCAACACCACCUCCACCAAAAAGCUUUCCUCAUCCCUCAACGCAACCAAAAACCUCCUUCUAAUCCUCGAAAAGCUCAACACCUUCCCCACCGAACAAUCCGAACUCAACGCCUGGUGGGUGCCCGAACUCGGCACCAAACCCCCCAAACCCAAAAAACUGCGCGACGGCGAAGACGAGGACGACGCCUCGCUCUCCAAACCGCCAGGCGAAGAAGAGGAGGAAGAAGACGACUGGCGCAAGUUCUUUGAAGACGAUCCAACGCCCAAGGACCCGAAGGACAAACAGCCCUCAGCACGAUUACACCAGCUCACGAUCCACCAAUCCCUACAUUCGCUUGCAUCGCAUCGGGCGGUGUUCACGAGAACAUGGUUGACGCUGUUGCCGCGAGUCGCUGCCUCAUCAAGCGGGAAAGGUGGAAGCGACGAGACAAGGCGCGCACUUUCAGUUCGCGUGCUGAACAUCAUGCAUCGCGGUGUUCUGCCACACCUCACCCGACCUAUCCUCGUCAUGGAUUGGAUUGCCGGGUGUGUUGAUAUGGGCGGCUCACUCGGCCUCCUGGGUCUCAACGCCCUCUUCACCUUGAUGAAGGACUACAACCUCGACUACCCAUCCUUCUACACCCGCCUAUACGCAUUCCUCGACCGAGACCUCCUCACCUCUAAAUACCGAGCCCGGUUCUUCCGAAUGGCCGACCUCUUUUUGGCAUCUACUCACCUCCCAGCAACCCUCCUCGCCUCAUUCAUCAAGCGCCUCGCUCGGCUCUCGUUGAACGCGCCGCCAGCCGCAAUCGUCAUGAUAAUUCCCUUCACAUACAACAUCCUCAAGCGACACCCCGCGUUGAUGGUGAUGAUCCACCGGGAUGCUGAUGACGAGGAAGACCCCUACUCACCAACCGAACCGAACCCUCUCUCAACCAACGCCCUCUCCUCCUCCCUCUGGGAACUCUACACCCACCGCUCGCACUACCACGCUACCGUCUCCACUCUAACCAAAAUCUUCAGCGAGGCGUUCACAAAACCCAAUUAUUCAAUGGAGGAUUUCUUGGAUCAUACAUACGGGACUCUAUUCGACACGGAGGUGAACAGGAAGAUCAAGAAGGAACCGCCGCUCUCUAUGGAUUGUGAUAAGAAGUUUGAGUUGUUCCCUAGUGUGGAGUUGAAGUUGAAGUCCUUGAAGGACCAUGAAGCAGAGGGGGGCGGGGAGGAAGGAGAAGAACAGGUCCAGUCGUCGACGGUACAAGGGGAUCUGGUUUCUGAGCUGUGGGGUUUCUAA